AUGUCGUUCCUUUUCGGCGGCCAGCCCAAGAUGUCCUCGGAGCAGAAGAUCGCUGCUGCUGAGACUGAGGUUGAGAUGAUCUCUGACAUGUUCAGCCGUCUCUCCGAGUCCUGCUCCAAGAAGUGCAUUCCCGCCGACUACCGCGAAGGCGACCUCAACAAGGGCGAGUCCGUCUGCCUCGACCGCUGUGUUUCCAAGUUCUUCGACGUCAACAUCAAGGUCAGCGAGAAGAUGCAAGGCGAGGCCGCCGCCAACGCCCAGCAGGGUGGUGGUGGUGGCAUGGGCUUCGGCAGCAUGUAA